GUUUUACUUUCGUUUUUUGUUCACCAACUACUUCCUAACUAUACAAAAAACAAAAAAAAAAGAUUUAUUUUGAAUUUGAAUUGGAUUCGGCGCUUAACGGCUAGUUUCUUUUUUUCUCUUUCUUUUUUUGUCUUGUCGUAUUGCUUAUGAUUCUUCUCUUUCUGUGUGAAAUGGCCUCUCCUUUCUAUAAUCUUAUUGUGAACAUCAUUUUUGGUUCUAAAAAAGCAUUUUGAGAUAAGUUGCUCUGCUUGCUUUGCUUUGCUUUUCUCUCAAUCUCAAACAUUCAUCAUCCAAAACACAAAAAGAAAUGAAAUGUUCAGGUCGAAAAGCACUGCAGCCGAGAAACAUCUACCAGACCCCAAAGGAGGAUGCUUUCUUCGUGAAGCCCAAAGCUGCAGAGAAGCUCAAGGAGAAUCUGAAUCUUGAGACAUCAAUCGAUGCUUCUCUUGCGGAGGAGCUUAGUGCCUUCAAGAAGAAACUCGAGAGGCUGAGAGAGGAUCGAGAGAGCACUGAGAAGCUGCUAAAGGAGAGAGAUGAAGCCAUGGAUCUGCACAUGAGCCAUCUUCUCCAGAGAGGAGAGACACAGAAAAGCCUUGAAAUCCAGGUCGAUCGCCUCUUUCGAUUGAAGGAGCUCCACGCCUAUUCCUCUAAGAUUUCUCCAAUCCGAUCUCUGAGAGCCAAGGAGCAGCAGGAGAAGAUGAGACGCUUCACCUUCGUAAUAAAUGUUUCAACACUACUCUCCCUUUCCUUCUUUCUUCCCAUUCAUUUAUGGGUUUUUUCUCGACCUUUUUCAGGCAGGUGAAGAACAACCAGAUGAAGAAAGCUCCGUCGAGAUCGCUAAUGGGCCCAUUGAAGAAGAAAGCUCGACCAAAAGUAAUGUGUUGGAGAGAGAUAUGAUCAUCGCAAAUACCCAACCCAUCAUAUCUUGAUAUUGUAAUGUCUCGUUACAAUUGGGCUUUUCUCUUGAUCCAUAGGCCCAUUCUUUUCUGUUUAGCCCACACGGGUAUAAUAUAAAAACACUCUACUUGCCAAAUUUGAGAAACCAUUCCCUUCAUUUAAUUGUCGGCAACUAAUUUUGUUAUCCAACUAGCAGUUUAUUUAAUCGCAUACCAUUUUAAUACUAGUAGUUAAGAGUUAAGACCAAAUUGAGAAACCUUGUGUUAGAUCUCUCCCUCUCUUCUCUAUAGUAUUAAAACAAAUGUCG